GUGUCUAAUUUCUGGGACGAAGAAAGAAAGUAAAAACUGGAAAAAGGGAAAGAUUGUAUUUGCACAUUGUUCUUCUUCAAGCACGCGUCACAGGGAUCAACUUCAUUUUCUCCCUCAAAUUCUGCUCAGAAUCCAUUCCCAAUUUCUCUAUUGCUCUUUGUUUUCAUGAGAAUUCGAUUCCACGCGCCACUGGAAUAAGCUUAUCCCUCUUAUCCCCUGCCCUGCCCUGCCCUGCCAGAAGUUUCGUCGGCAGUGACUGAUUAGAGAACCCACUCACAGGUGUUCGAUCUCACUCUUCGGUUUUUGUCUACUGGGAUUCUUGUAGCUGGAGCAAGGAAUAGGAAGCUUGGGCCAAGGAAUUUCUGCUUGGGUGUCCACUAAGAUACUAUUAAAGGCAGCCGAAGUUUGGAAAAAAGAAUGGUGAAAUCAUGCCCUAGAUUAUGUGGAGAAUUGUAAAACUCAGUCGACUUUGACGACUUGUACUUCUAUAUUUUCUGGAAGCCAGAAAAAAAUAUUUCUAGGAACAGGCGAAAUUGACAUGCUGGAUGUUGCUUCCGGUUGGUGGAUUAGGUAUGAAUACCUCUAUGGAUGAUAUGAACUUGAUUCAGCAGGCACAGAGGCAUCACUUGGUAGUUCGAGAGAUUGGCGAAGAGAUUGAUUUGGAAAUUGGACCUGGAGAUGAUGAUCCAUCAUAUGCUAGCACUCCUAUAAUUGGUGGACCUGCACGAGAACCAUCUUCUGAAGAUCAUGACGAGAGUAAGCAUGUGGUAUUGGUUUCUCAACUUUCCAAUGAUGACCAAGAUAUGUCAAAGACCCAACCAUCCAAAAGGAAGAAGAAGGUUGUGAAAAGGUGGAGAGAGGAAUGGGCUGAUACGUAUAAGUGGGCUUAUGUUGAUGUGAAGGAUGGAACUGCCAGGAUUUUUUGCUCUGUUUGUAAGGAGUAUGGCAGGAAGCACAGGAGAAAUCCUUAUGGAAAUGAAGGCAGCCGAAAUAUGCAGAUGAGUGCACUUGAAGAACACAAUAACAGUCUACUUCAUAAAGAGGCUCUUCGACUUCAGAUGGCCUCCAAGGACAAGAUUAUUGUUGAUAAACCAAUAUAUGUAAAAGCUAUCAUGUCAAAAUCUGCUGGAUCGAUCAUUGAAGCUGCACUAAAAAGGGAUCCUCACGAAGUUGAGUUCAUACAGGCAGUACAAGAAACAGUUCAUGCCUUAGAACGGGUUAUUGCCAAAAAUUCUCACUAUGUGAACAUUAUGGAGCGCUUGUUAGAACCUGAGCGCAUGGUUCUUUUCCGAGUUCCAUGGGUGGAUGAUAGAGGUGAGACACAAGUCAAUCGAGGAUUUCGAGUUCAAUUUAACCAGGCUUUGGGACCUUGUAGGGGUGGUCUUCGUUUUCAUCCAUCGAUGAACUUAAGUAUCACCAAGUUUCUUGGUUUUGAACAGACUUUAAAAAAUGCAUUAUCACCGUACAAAUUAGGAGGGGCAGCAGGUGGAAGUGAUUUUGACCCGAAGGGAAAAAGUGAUAAUGAGAUUAUGCGCUUUUGUCAAAGUUUCAUAAACGAGAUAUAUCGGUACUUGGGCCCUGAUAAGGACCUUCCUUCUGAGGAGAUGGGAGUUGGUACUCGAGAAAUGGGAUAUCUUUUUGGACAAUAUAGACGGUUAGCAGGUCAUUUCGAGGGAAGUUUUACAGGGCCAAGGAUAUUUUGGUCUGGGUCUAGCCUCCGAACAGAAGCUACUGGAUAUGGUCUGGUUUUCUUUGCACAGCUUAUACUAGCAGACAUGAAUAAAGAACUCAAGGGAUUAAGAUGCGUUGUAAGCGGUUCUGGGAAGAUUGCGAUGCAUGUUCUUGAAAAGCUUAUUGCUUAUGGUGCCCUCCCCAUUACUGUCUCAGAUUCAAAGGGAUAUUUAGUGGACGAAGAUGGAUUUGACUACAUGAAGAUAUCCUUUUUGAGAGACAUCAAGGCUCAGCAGAGAAGUUUAAGGGACUAUUCGAAGACUUAUGCUCGAUCUAAGUAUUAUGAUGAAGCUAAACCUUGGAAUGAAAGGUGUGAUGUUGCGUUUCCUUGUGCUUACCAUAAUGAAAUUGAUCAAGCCGAUGCCAUAAACCUGAUUAAUUCUGGCUGUCGUAUUCUAAUAGAAGGUUCAAAUAUGCCCUGUACUCCUGAGGCUGUUGAUGUGCUGAGAAAAGCUAAUAUUCUCAUUGCUCCUGCAAUGGCUGCAGGUGCUGGAGGGGUUGUUGCUGGAGAACUUGAAUUAAACCAUGCAUGUAAUCUGAUGCAUUGGUCUCCGGAGGACUUUGAAUCUAAAUUGCAGGAAGCUAUGAAACAGACUUACCAGAGAGCCCUCAAGGCAGCAGCUGAUUUUGGUUACCAAAAAGAGAGUCCUGAGGCUCUUGUACACGGAGCAGUCAUUUCUGCUUUUCUGACUGUUGCUCAAGCCAUGACUGAUCAAGGUUGUGUAUGAUAGACAUUGAGCCCAAAAGAUGCUUUCUUCUCCUGUGCCUAAUACAAAGAUGUCCUGCAGAAGUGCCCUCGAUGGCGAGCCAUGUAUCGUACCACCGCGGAUUAGAAGAUCAGGUACUAAAUAUACGACACCAUUUUCUGGAUCAUAUACACACCAUGCCAUACCCCUGGGAUUCCAGAGGGCUCAAAUUGUUGAAAUUAAGAUUCUAACUUGUUGUAAAGUACCAUUGCAGCGUAGGGUAGGAAAAGGCCUCAAGAUUUCUGAACUGUUCAUUUGGCCAGUUAUGCUGCCUAUAUAUAUAUAUGUGGUUGUUACUCUUUUGUAAUACAUGGAGAUGGGAAAUAAAAAUUUAUUCAUCUUCAUCAA